AACGAUACAUGUAAAGAUAGAGCCGCAGUGGAGAACUUCGCGUUUGGAAAUGGCAAGUGGAGCUCUGCGUUUGCUCAAAGGAGCUUCAUCACUUCCAUCGUUGAAUCCCCAAAUCUUCAUCUCUACCAGUUUGAAUUCGCUUCCUGUUUCUAAUAUCAGAAUCCGGAAAUGUUCGACUGCUCCUGGAAUUCGUGCCUCUCUUCAACCUCCCGAUGUUCCUCGUUUAGCUGAAACAGCUCGAAUUUCCCUCAAUCCGAGUGAGGUUGAAGAAUUUGCUCCUAAGAUUCGACAGGUUGUUGACUGGUUUGGGCAGCUCCAGGCGGUUGAUCUUCAAAGCAUUGAGCCUUCCAUUAGGGCAGAUACUGAAGGUGGCAAUCAGCGGGAUGAUGUUUCUGAAACAUUCGAAAACAGAGAGGCCAUGAUUGGCGCAGUUCCAGUCUUUGAUGAGCCGUAUAUCAGAGUUCCUAAAGUUCUGAAUAAGGAGUAGUUACUAAGUUCAGAGUCGUCUCUUAGGCUGCUUCAAGGAUGGCUUUGGUGGGUCCAUUGGUUACCUAAGUAUGAGGUGCAAAUGGCUAGCAAGAAUGUUCAGAAUAAUAAUUAUUUAGCAAUUUGGUCAACUCUGUUAGAUGAACAGACUUUUCACAAUGGUAUGAUAUUGUCCACUUUGAGCAUAAA